GUAAAAGUGAGCUUCCUGUAGAGCACUUCCAGUGGACUAUAAGAACGAGAAAUUGAAAAAAUGUGAAACUUUCUGAAUGGAUAUGACAGGUCACAUUUUACAAGACCGUGGAAGGAUUGCUAAAACAUGAUGACCAGCUCAGACCAGUACGAUGAAGUAGAGCGAGCAUCCAGAGAAAGGAAGGAGAUUGUAGCCAAGUAUGACAAGGGUCGAGAAGAAGGGGCGCAGAUCGACCCAUGGGAGGACCCGACCUUGGAGGUGUACCAUGUCACAGACAGAUAUGGAUUCAUCCAUAAUUACCAGCUCCCUCAGAAACAAAGUGCAGCCGAGGCAAAGGCUAUUGAAGUGGAGAUUGAAAGAUCACAAAAAUGGUUGAAAAUGAUAAAAAAUUGGGACAAAUAUGCAUCUGGAGAGAAGAUGACCCGGCGUAUCUACAAAGGUAUUCCCAAUCGUGUUCGAGGAGAGGUAUGGGUGCGACUACUGGAUGUCAACAAGGUCAAGGCCGAACAAAAGGGUAUAUACAAAGAAAUGAAGACUAGGGCGAGGACCAAAUCUCCACAUAUUCGCCAGAUUGAUCUUGAUGUAAAUCGUACAUACCGGAACCACUUUGAGUUCCGAUCAAGAUAUGGUGUUCAACAACAGGCACUGUUCCAUGUGCUGGGUGCCUACUCCAUGUACAACACUGAAGUUGGCUAUUGCCAGGGAAUGAGUGAAAUCGCAGCACUGCUUCUUAUGUACAUGGGUGAAGAGGAAGCUUUCUGGGCCAUAUCCCAACUCUUUUCCUCAAAGAAACACGGAAUGCAUGGAUUUUUCAUCCCUGGAUUUCCAAAGCUAUUGAGAUUUCAAGAACACCAUGAUACUAUUCUUAAAAAAUUUAUGCCGAAGCUUCGCAGAUUUUUUGAUAAAAAUGACAUCUAUACAACAUUAUAUACUAUCAAGUGGUUUCUUCAGUGCUUCUUAGACAGGGUUCCAUACACCCUCAAUCUUCGUCUAUGGGACAUUUUGAUGCUAGAGGGAGAGGUCCUCCUCACUGGCAUGGCCUACACAAUUAUCAAGUUACACCGGCGAAAGCUUCUGAAGAUGAAUGUGGAUGACAUCCUUCAGUUUUUUCAGUCGGGACUUGAGAAAGACUUUGGUUAUGAUGAUGACACAGUGAUAGAUCAAUUACAGGUGGCAAUAGAAGAGCUAAGGAAAGCUAAAAUGGAGUUACCUCCUAAAGCUAAGAAUAAUGAACUUCCUUCACUACCAUUUGGACUGGAAAUUGAGCCAAGUAUUGAACAGAUUAUUAAGAGUAGAAACCCCGAAUCUGUUGAUGAACAUUUUAAACGCAAUCCGCACAAAGGAAAGUCAGGGUUCAUGAAAAAGCGGGGUUUGACUAGUUCUGGGACUCCAGAAAUGACUCGGAGUACAGACAGUGCGUCUAUGCAGUCGAGUAGACUUUCCGAUUAUUCUGUGGACGAUCGGUCAUCAUACUAUGAUACGGCAGCCAAUUCAAGGCUUUCCUUGGCAGAUUUUAGUUCCAAAGUUUCCAUGCAAAGCUCUAGAACUUCAUUUGCUGACGGAUCGGAGGGCGGCAGUGUUAGUAUGAUGAGGUUCACCCCCGUCAUGAACGACGCUCCUGGGGAGGGUGAACCAGCGAUGCUCAUGGAACAGGAACAACCCUCGCGGGACACAACAAUUGAGAAUCUGGCGGGAGAGUUGAAAACCCCUUCAGAGCACUCAGAAUACGACAACAUGAACGGGAACGGGCCGGAAGAGUCUAAUUACCCGUCAUCUCACAUUGUAAAUAUCCCCAUUAGUAAAUCAGACGGAUACAUCAUGAAAAAAUCUGAGCCGGUCCAGCGCACUGAUUGGGUAGAUCACGCUGAGGAUCGCUUGGUGACUGAAGCGGUGACAUUGUCGCGCAGUGACACCCUCCGACUGUCACAAGCUAAGAUACAACGCAUGAAAAACUCUCUGAGUGCCGACGAUGACGGAUUACACGAGAGUAGACAUGUGUCUAAAGUACUUAUACAAAGCUCAAGUCACCAUAACGGUUACCUCGCCACGGAGAAUGGACAUUCACCACAGAGAGUGGAAGUUCACAUGACAGCCGUUUCUACGCCGAGUUUACCGAUCUCUCGCCAACAGCAUGUAAUUUAGCAUCUGGUAGAGUCUUAUUAGUCUUCAUAGAACCUCUCAUCAUUGCACAGGGCCACAUGAUAAUACAUAUUUAUAAAACACUUCAAUUAAUUAAAAAACAUCUUCAGUUGAUUUAAUACCUGCAACAUGUCAAAUUUAGUUACAGCAUAAGAAACGAAUGUCUAAUUCUUAAAUCUUUCAAAAAUUUGAAUACAAGCACAAAAACAUAAAUUCGGAGUUUAAAUGUAAAAGAAAUAAUAAAAUUAUGAUUUGUUAAGUGAUCCUGUCUAUAAGUACCCAAAUUUUUAAUUAGUAAUUAAAAGUAUUCAUUGGUCAUUAUUUUUGGUAACCUGAACAUAUCUUGAAAUAUCGUCCGUCUAUAUACUAAGCACCUGUUUCAUUAAUAACAAAUAAUUAUACAGACAGCAGUGUUUGGGAUUAUCUAGUGUACAUCUAGCGAUGCUGAGGGGCUCUCUGCUUUGUUGUGAGAUACAAAACGUAAUAUAUAUAUAUAUUUACUGGGGACCCGGGUAUUUUUCUACCUCUCCCGUCUGUUAUCCCGUUCAAAUGUGGAGUAGAUUCUGUUUGCUUUCCUCAUCCUCAUUAACACAUAAUAUUACUGUCAUGGAUAAAACAAAACCUUAUAUGCAAAUUAGUAGAAUUAAAAAAGACAUUUUGUAUAUUUAUAGCAAAGUUCAAAAAUGACACUUAUUUAUUUAUCUGUGUAUAUAUAUUAAUCAUCUGUCUGUCGUGUGUUCUGGUAGUUUGUGAAUGUUUUAGGCAUAUGGGAUAUAAUGAUAAAAUUAUUUUGAGAAAUUGUCAUUUUUAUAAAAAUUAUUAUUUUAAAUAACACAAUAGAGAACGCUAAGUUGUAAUCAUUUUCUUAGCUACCAGUGUUUUGUCCCCAAAGUUUGCACUCAUUUUUUCUUUACUUGAGCUUAAUACAAUAAAUUAUGAAGUUGAUUCUGGUCGAGCGAGAUAUUUUCUCAAUUUUCAAAAUGUUUGUUUUGGUGUUUGUCGAGCAUGGCACUAAAUGGUGUCUUCAUCAGGAUAAAAUCAUGGUUUUAACACUGAACCUUCGUAGCCUUAUAAGGGAGAAAAAAAAAUUGGAGGGGAAAGCUUAUUACGUAGAGGAAAAUGCAUAGAAUCAGAGUUCAGUUUGUAAUAGAUCAACAAGGCAUAUCCACAGUUUUCUUUUAAGAAAUGGUAUCAAAAUAUUAACAGUUACUCUCGUUGAAGUUUCUGGGGUAACCCUGGUUGAAGUUUCUGAGGUAACCCUGGUUGAAGUUUCUGGGGUAACCCUGGUUGAAGUUUCUGGGGUAACCCUGGUUGAAGUUUCUGAGGUAACCCUGGUAGAAGUUUCUGAGGUAACCCUGGUUGAAGUUUCUGGGGUAACCCUGGUAGAAGUUUCUGAGGUAACCCUGGUUGAAGUUUCUGGGGUAACCCUGGUUGAAGUUUCUGAGGUAACCCUGGUUGAAGUUUCUGAGGUAACCCUGGUAGAAGUUUCUGGGGUAACCCUGGUUGAAGUUUCUGGGGUAACCCUGGUUGAAGUUUCUGGGGUAACCCUGGUUGAAGUUUCUGGGGUAAGUUUCUGGGGUAACCCUGGUUGAAGUUUCUGGGGUAACCCUGGUUGAAGUUUCUGGGGUAACCCUGGUUGAAGUUUCUGGGGUAACCCUGGUUGAAGUUUCUGGGGUAACCCUGGUUGAAGUUUC